ACAUUCAGAAACCCCGACUAGUAGAAUGGCUCUGACAGCGAUCAGUCUUUUGUGCUUCACGGCUUUGCUGUGUUUCCCAGCUCUGGGACUGCCUGCGGACUCAGGCAAGCUGGAAGAGAUACCCGUUAAAGUGACAAUAGUUAAUGAUUUCACCAAUGAGCAACUCUCCUACUCUACCACUGUGAUCCAGGAAGGCCUGAUGUUUGGAGUGCUAAAUCAACUGAUGGAAUCCAAUGCAGACUUCAAAUUCAGUUACACUAUUCACCAUACCUUCGGCAUAUAUCUGGAGAGCGUGAACGGACUGGCUGGAUCUGAUGAGGAUCAGACAUACUGGGAGCUUUUGUCUGAGAAAAGCGGAGUCGUGACCCGGCUGGAAGUGGGAAUCGGCUGCUACCAAGUUCAGAGGGAUGAGAAUUUGAUCCUGAGGUUCACCACUUGGGCCACAAAGAAAUGAAUGAAUUGAAUUUGUAGUUUUAAAAGUUACUGCUGAAUUAACACCACAUCUUGUUUCAGUCAUG